AGUUCUUAGACAAAUAAAAAGAAAGAAAAAACAAACAAAAGAAGCUAGAGAGAAAAAGAAUCAUGUCUUAUGGUCAAGAGGAAGAGGUGGUAUGCCGUAUGUCUCAUCCAGCUCAUCCUCACACCCUCUCUCCCCGAUUCGGUCAUCCGGCUUGUUUUGUAUGUGAAGGCAAUAGAGGAGAAGUGUAUAAUUUUCCUUUCUAUUAUUGUACCACAUGUAAAGUGGAGAUCCACAUUGUAUGUAAUCAGCCGCAAUGGAAGAUGAGGCACCCCUAUCAUUCACAGCAUCCUCUCAUCCGCCAUACACAUCAUAGCCGCCAAGAUGAUUCCUUCGUCCGCUCCCAUGUCAUACCACCCUGCACUUGGUGUGGAGAAGAAUUGUAUGAAGAAACUACUUAUUACGCCGGAUCUACGUACUACCGAUGUUCUCUCUGUAACUUUGGUUUGUGUAUCACUUGUGCCGAAAAAUAUCCACUUCCUACUAUCUCUAAUCCAAAAAGCCAUCACCACUCACUAACUUUCCUUCCUCGACCACUUUUGCUUCCAUGUGAUGCUUGUGGGUUGGUAGAAAGAUCGGACCCAAGUUAUGUUUGUUUUCAAUGUAACUAUGUGGUCCAUAAAAGUUGUAUAAACUUACCACGCGUCAUAAAACUCACCCGUCACCCUCAUCGUCUUUUUUUCACUCCUUUUCUCUCACCCCAAACUAUAUAUUCGUGUCGUCUUUGCUACAAAACAAUUGACAACAACUAUGGGCAUUAUUCUUGCAAUGAUGAUUGUUGCUCUUAUGUGGUCCAUUCCAAAUGUGCAACUCAUGAGACAAUAUGGGACCGGAGAGAACUCGAAUGGGAGCCCGAAGAACUUGACGAAAGUGAAGAUGUUGCGCCAUUCAAGAUUGUUGGUGAUGAUUUGAUCAAGUAUUUUUGUCAUGAACAUAAUCUAAAGCUUGAGAAGUACAAUGGUGUUCGAGACAAGGACAAACAAUGUCAAGCGUGCAUCCUUCAUAUCGACUCCCACAAUUUCUACAACUGCACGCAAUGCGAUUUUUUUCUACAUGAGGUAUGCGCAAAUCUUCCUCGAAAGUUAGAUCAUGCAUUGCAUCAACACCCUCUUUUCCUUGACCCGGUUCCUCCAAAGAAGUCCAAUUUCUUGAAAUGUGUCGUUUGUUCUCGAGCGUUCGCUGGUUUCAGUUACAAGUGCGCUACGGGUAGCUGCAGAAGGUUUCAGGUAGAUGUUAGAUGCAUCUUAGUUGCUGACAGUUUCACCCACAAAAGUCAUGAACAUCCCUUAUUUAUCCCCAUUUCUACUGUGGACAAAAUGGUUUUAUGUGGGGGUUGCAAGACCAAAGGUGCUGAUUUCUAUCUACAGUGUACUCUAUGUGAUUUUUCUUUAUGUUAUAAGUGCGCCACCAUUCCAGAUAAGCUACACUACAAAUAUGAUGCACUACCUCUCUCCCUUUGCUAUGGAGAAGCCUCAAAUGAAACAUAUUGGUGUGAAGUAUGUGAGGGAAAACUAGAUCCAAGCAAAUGGUUCUAUAUAUGCAACAAAUCUUACAUCAAUAUCCACCUUAGUUGUGUAUUUGGAUCCGCUGCUUAUAUGAAGUCAGGGUACAAGUUUUAUCACUACUAUGUGACGGUGAAAGUUCUAUACAACAACUGUAACACUCGACCGAUUUGUUGUCGAUGUGACGGUCGUUGCUCGAGUUAUGUAUUCUUAAAGUUGUCUGAUGGGACGAAUUUUUGUUCUAGUGAGUGUUUAGAAAUUUUUAUUCCGUAACCUUAUUAACUUCUUUUGUGCAGGAUUGGACAUGUGUAUGUGUACUGUGAAACUUGUA